CUCACUUUACUUUGCUUUCAUGACAUAAUUUAGUUCACUGUCACUCUGUGAGUUGUUGAAUCUAAUGAAUGCAUCUUUACCCAAUUUAAUUGAUAUAUCUGAGUUUGCUGUUUAAACCUAGUUGAUUUAAGUAGGGUUUUCUUAAAAUGGAUACCUGUUGAAGCCACAUAUGCUGCUCAAUUAUCUCCAACGCAACACAGCUGUGUAAAUUGCCUGUGGCGCAUGCGCAGAGGCUCACAUGAGGGAUAUGAUUGUGACGUGGGCUUUUUCGCGGUGAGGAAGGACAGGAGAAGCUGAAGAAGCAAUGGCAGAGACCUGAGCGACAUCCAAAUGAAUAUGAUUACAUGUGGAAGUGUAAAGACUGUGGUGCAGAGGAAACCUCAAGAUUUCAGCUAUUGAAGCACUACAGAAAAUUGUCUUCAUGGUACAGGGAGCACUACGGAGCAUUUGAGCUCCAGUCAUCUUCAGCCAGAGAGAUUGUGUUGGCAGAGUUAAGUGAACUGACCGACAACUAUCCCCUGAGUGACUACAAGUGUGGAACCCUCCGAAUGGUCACCCUUAAAAGAUACAUACACAUGUCAGAGUAACCUGUUGACAAGUAUGGCCACUUCUGCAGUGCUUUGCAUCAUCCUAGGAGAAAAUGACUCUGCAAAAGUAACCCUGCCUUUGGGAAUACCAAGCUCUGUUGAGGAACUUCAAAGUGAGAUUAAGAGACAAUGUGAGGUGUUUGGAGACUUUAGACUGCAAUACAAGGACCUUGAUUUUGAUGAGUUUAUAAACCUUACCUCCACCUCAGACAUUCAAAACAAGGGGAAAAUCAAAGUAAUUUACCCCCCAAGUGCCUUAUCUACAAGCAGUCCUGGCUUCUCUGCACGGACAUCCAGCCAGGAUGAGAUCAAUUCAAUCUCAUCUGUGGACACUGAUCUUCCCUUAUCUUCUGAUUCUUCGUCAACAUCAUCCCUCAGAAGUGAGCCAUGGCCAAACGCCUUUCCUGUGCCGGAGUUUGUCUAUGAUGUCGAGAUCCAACUCCAGCGUGCCAAUAGUGACUUUCAAAGUAAUGGUACCCUCUUCAGUCCUAAUCCAAGAAUGAAGUCAGAUAUUCUUGAAACUUUGGCAUCACAGAUUGUGAAAUAUAAAGCAUAUCCCUCAAGUGCUGAAUUUGAUUCGGUAGCUGAAGCACUUGUGAAAAAGCACCCAUGUUUAAGGGAGCAAGGCUCUGUUACUGGCUUUUAUGGUUGGAAGAUCAGUUUAAAAUUCAAGAUGGGAAACUACCGCACUAAGCUGCGCAACAUUGGAUGUUCAGAGCUGACUGUCAAUUCUUUAAAGCGUCAACAGGAUGAUCAACGCACAUCUCGCAAUCAAGUGAAGAAACCUAAAAGAGCGGAGGUAAACUACUAUCCAGACUAUCCAACAGGACAAACCAAACGGAGCCUAGAGGAAGAGAGGCUGGCACUACUGUCCGAGGUACAUAAGAACAAUAACCAACAGGUGGUGGAGGAUAAAAUGGAGAGGACAUUUGCCUAUAGGCGUCAUGAGGUGAUUGAAGACAAGCCAUUCAUUGCCGAAUUCAAAAGAAGGUGGCCGGCUCUCUUUUCUGAGCGUGAGGUGGAAGCAGAGUUUGCUCGCAUCACCACUGUCCCACUGAGAUCUAAGUUCAUGCAGCAGCUAGAUCAUCACUCCUCCAAGCUGUUAAGGAUUUUCCAGAAAAAAGGUGGUGCCGCUGGGCAGAAAAUAAGGAAUAUCAUGGCAGAAUACGACAAGAAUGACGCCAUCGAGACAAGGAGAGCCUGCGUUAUAAAAGCACUAAUUGUGUACCUUAAUGAAGACCCCGAAAGCCUGAUUAGAGAGUACCUCGAUGUUGAGACUGACCAGAGUGUAGAUCAGAUGGUCUUGGGAAUCUUCGCCAUAAAGAAGGAAGGUGCAGAGCCAACGGAUUCCCUCGCAGAUGUGGGGAUUGUAAUUGAAGGUGUGGAAGUGCUGAACGAUCUUCAAAACAUUGCGAACGCACUGGCAAUUUUAUUUGGACUCACAUAUGCAUUGGACUUGAGCUAUCCAAAAAACCUGAGAUGCACGUUUGAGGUUCUUCAAAAGAUCCUGAUGGAAAUGGAUGUUCGCCACCUGUCGUCAAAGGCUCAAGUGCUGAAAAACAAACUGUUUGAAUGAACUACUUGAACACUACAAGUGGAACGCCUUGAAACGGCACGUUGGAUAUCUUGGAGCAGGGGUUUUAUCCAAAUAUUUCGGAGGGAAUUUUAUCUAUGGAAUGUUACUGAAUAGGAAUGUUACAAAUGAUUAAUGUCGUACAGUUUAUACGUACAAGUUGCAGUUUGGGCUAUGUGGUUAAAACAUGGUGCUCUUUUGAAAAUUGUUGUUGCUAGCUAAAUGUUGUGCAACUUUUUCUAUUAAGGUGAUAGCAAACUAAUUAUGUAUAUUUACCAGGUCAAUAAUAUACUACCGUAUCCAGCUAAGAGCAACAUUAGCCUGGAAAUGUCUGUUCUGACAAGUGUGUUUCCAAUAUUUACUCAUCCUUUAGCUCUGUUUUGGUCUCAAUACUGUUGAAGGUUAUCUCGCUCCUCGGCUGCUGGAUGUUUAGUUUUCCUCUCCAGCUGGUCGCUAACUUUGGGGGCCAGGUGCUUCGUCGCCUGCUUAAUGAUAAACGUGGAGGGAAUUGAGAGUCGAUCAGAGCUGGCUUGCUGAAUUUUUUUGGAUUUAGACAGAAUUAAGAAUUAGACAACACCAAACAGAAAAUAUGCUAUAAAACCAAAACAAUAAUCUAGAAAACUAUUGUUCCGGUUUUCAUUAUCUCCAUAGCAACAGUUGAUGACAAGAGACAUUUAUAAACGUUUUACACAUUUUGUAGUUUACUUUUCUAUUUAUGUGACGACUUACAUGCAAUGUUUAGUUUCAGUUUGGGCUAUGUGGUUAAAACAUGGUGCUCUUUUGAACAUUUUUGUUGCUAGCUAAAUGUUGUGCAACUUCAACCUUUUGUUUGUUGAUAAGGUGUGAUACAAAGAAGUCUUUAUGGGUUUCCAUGAUUUUAAACUUGGUAAACCUGGUUGCCUAUGUGGUUAUAUCGCGUUUCAUGUGAAAUAAAUGUAUUUUUUUCACUGAACCUUAAGUCAGUUAAUUUGAAUUUACUUAACUACACUUCGUGGAAUUUGUUGACAUAGUCUGGUUUAGUAAGUGAACUUAAAAUGACUUCCAUUAUAGCAAUGAAUACCAGUUAAGUAACACGGAAUGCAGUAGUUUCCAAAAUGAUUUAAGUUUGAACUACAAAUUAAAGUUAAGUUGAUCUUACUAAAUACAGUUGAGUAUAGCAGUUCUUACUUUUAAGUAACAUGAAUAUAGGUGAGUUAAGUUAGCAUUAUAUAAUAUCUUUAUGUUGGCAUUAAUCAAAAAAAUCAAGUAUGUCUAAAGAAACUGCACUGUGUUGACUUAAUAUUGCUCAGUUAAGUUAGCUGGACACAGAGCUAUUAAUUAAAUCCAGGGUGACCGGGUAUUGUUGAAGUUAAUUAACACGGUCGCGUUGGCUCAACAUAAGUCAGUUAUAUUCUUCUUACUAGUAAUAUUUAAUUAUAAUCUACUCAACUCAGUUUCGUGGAAUUUGUUGACAUAACUUUAUUAAGUAAGUCCAAGAAAUUAUUUUUUUGAGUGUAUGCAUGCAUUCUAAAAUCUUAAUUUAAAGGGGACCUAUCAUGCAAAAUGCACUUUUGUACGUCUUUUAUACAUGAAUAUGUGUCCCCGGUG